GGCAUUGUGGGCGGGUUUGUGCACAACCAGCUGAGUUACUCUAGUCUCGGGUUCUUGUACAACACGUGAUGCAGGUGCGAGAUGUCCGACUAUAUGAGAAAGAAUGCCACAGCACCUGGACCUACAGUUCAGACUGCUUCUCAUAAUGGCUGUGACCGUCUUGGCCUCUUUGCCGGCCCCUCAUCAGGUAGAAAUGAUUGCAGAGGAUGCAAACUACAUGCUGCAGUGGUACUGUAAUUACACACAUCUGGAAAUCCCAGUCACCUUCACCGCUGAGUAUACCUACUAUCGGGAAAGAAAUGAUGAGGGAUCGUAUAAGCGAGUGUGUGAAGGUUCAAGGGAGUGUCGGUGUGAUUUCACACACUGUGGGCUGCCUUUUUCAGCAUCGUUUCAGAUUAGAGUCCGAGCCGAGGCUGGGCACCAGCGCUCCGAGUGGGCGACAGAGAGGUUCUCACCUGAUCUGGAUGUGAAGUUAAUGUCACCCAGAGUGAACAUGAUGGCAGACAAAGACGUGUUGACUCUCACAAUAUCAGAGUUGGUCUUGACCGACACGAUGAAGCUGCAAUACAGUGUGCAAUACUGGGAGAAGCUUAAACCUGAAGAGAAACACACAGAAAUUCAUGCCAGUCCACAUGUUCCACUGAGCUCACUGAAAUCCUGCACUGAAUACUGUGUGCAAAUUAGCGUCUUCAGCCCCUAUAACCAGCAGAGCAAUUAUUCAUCUCCACAGUGUGAGAGCACGACAGGUUGCCCCUUUGCGUGGCUGGGGAUUCUCUUUAUUAUUCCUCUUUUUGGAGCAUUUAUAUAUUACAAAUGCAGUAGAAGAUCCUCGGUAUACACAGCACCUGAUAGCAUGCUGGAUUUUCCACCUGCUCCCUCACUCCUAGAAGUACAGGAAGAGUGUUGGACGGUAGCUCAUGUGGUCACACCUGCCAUAGAGUCGACGCAUACGGUGAAGGAUGAACAAGAACAGAAACACAUAGAAGAACCUCAGGUUCCAGAGUCCAUACACCAGUGGAGUCAUGUCUCAGUGCUGGACUCUGGCUUCAGUUCUGGAUUAGAGACCUGAUCAGUUACAAGGAGCUCUACUAAACAUCUCUAGUGAAAAGCUGAAGACCUCUGAGAGGCUAAUGUACAAGGCUCUCCCGGUCCUGGACAAUAUAUGCUUUGCUUACUCAGGGUCCUUAAAAUCUGUUUAUUUUUCCCAGUGCCCUCCUAUCACCAAGAUCUUAGAAACGAAAGACAGACAGACAAAGAUAGCACACACUCACCACCACUAAACAAUGCAUAAAAAAACAGUUUGUCCAGUUUUGGUGAAUCUGUUCCCAUAAUAGCCUCAGAUUCCUGUUCUUCAUGAGAGGAACCUGAUGUGCUCUUAUGCUAUUGUAGCUCAUCCACCUCAAAGUGUGAUGUUAUGCACAUGCUGAGAUGAAUUUCUGCUCACCAUGUUAUAAAGAAUAAUUAUACAGGUUCUUCCUGGAAGUUUGAAUCUGGCCAUUUCAUCUGAUCUCAUCAGCAUGGUGUUUCCACCAACAGAACUGUCUCUCACUCAAUGUUUUUUUUUCUUCUUUUUUGGUAUGAAGCCAGUAGUUUCUGAAAUAACAAAAAUCAACAGCUCAUCUGGCAUCAACAGUCAUGCCACAGUUAAAAUGUACAGAGAAAUGUCCUUCAUUCUGGUAUGUGACGCGAGCAUCAUGAACUGAACUCUCGAGCUGCAUGUUCAUGAUUUUUGCAUUGUGCAGCUGCUACUGCUACAUGAUUACCCUGUGUUUACAUAUUGUUGUUGUAUUGCCUAGCAAUUUGUAAUUAUUAAUACAUUCAGAAUUGGUUAAUAAAUUAAAUGUAAUAAUAAUAAUUAAAAGAAAAGUGUUUUUA